AGCGCCCGGCGCGGGGCCGUGCGGGCGGCGAUGGCGGGCUGGGCUCGGGCCGUGCGGGGGCUGCUGCUGGAUGUCAGCGGGGUCCUCUACGACAGCGGGGCCGACGGCGGGGUCCCCAUCGCCGGCUCGGCCGAGGCCGUGCGCAGGAUCAAAGCGUCUGGGCUGAAGCUGCGGUUGUGCACCAACGAGACCCAGGCCACCCGCGAGAACUUCGUGAAGAAGCUCCAGAGGAUGGGCUUUGACGUCUCCGUGUCUGAGGUCACGGCCCCAGCCCCAGCAGCCUGCCACAUCCUGAAGGAGCGAGGCCUGAGGCCACACCUGCUCGUGCACGACGAUCUUGUGCCUGAAUUUGCCGAGAUCGAUAAAACAAACCCGAACUGUGUGGUUCUUGGAGAUGCAGCAGAAAACUUCACCUAUGCCAACCUUAAUGAAGCUUUCCGGGUUCUGAUUGGGAUGGAGAAGCCUGUCCUGAUCUCCCUUGGAAGAGGACGCUACUAUAAAGAAACCGAUGGUCUGAAACUUGAUGUUGGAGCAUAUAUGAAGGCAUUGGAGUAUGCUUGUGAUGUUCAAGCUGAGGUAGUGGGAAAACCAUCAAAAAGGUUUUUUGAGUCAGCCCUGGCAGAAAUGGGAGUUCCAGCAGAGCAGGCCAUCAUGAUCGGGGAUGACAUCGUGAAUGAUGUCGGGGGAGCCCAGCAGUGCGGGAUGAGAGCCCUGCAAGUGAGGACAGGGAAGUACAGACCUUCAGAUGAAAACCACCCCGACGUGAAGCCUGACGCCUACGUGAACAACCUGGCUGAAGCAGUCGACAUCAUCCUCCAGGAGAUGUAAAACCAACCAGCAGGAACAGGGAUGAGUCCUCGUGUGCAUCCCCUCCAUGGAACCGCUUCAUCCUCUCCCACCUCCACCUCACCUUAACAAACUCAGGCCCAGCCUGGCCUGGGGUGGUGAGCACCCGCUUUCCUAAAUAUUCCAUGUAAUGGUCCUAAAAUGAUCUACUGACCUCAUCCAAGGGAACACCAAACCCGCUGUCUUGAAUGUUCUCCUCUUGGUGCCUGUGAGGAGCCUCCUCCUCCUCUGGGUGAUUCCUGGGGGGGGCUGUUCCCCCUUUAACUCUUCGCCCAUGCCGGGUACCCAGCCUGGAGGUGAGAAACAGGGAACCCAGCAUGCCCUCACUAAGAGACUUACCUGUUUAACCCAUCUGUACUGUGCCUUUUGAGGUGCCUGAGAUGGGAUGGAGGAUGUCCUUGAGGGGUGAUGGAGGCCACCAAGCCCUGGUGGGGGCUCUGUGGGGUCCUGUGUGUGCCUUGGGUGGCACAAAAGCCCUGGGGAGGGGGGACACCCCUGGAUCCAAGCCAGUAAACAUGGUUCUGGUAGGAUUAGCCUGUCUGGAACAACCAUGGGUUAAGGCAUGGGAAUGUGGUAAUGCUGUGACACGUUAGGGAGUAUCUGUGCUGUCCUGUCAGGAAUAAACCCCGUCCUUUGGAUCUGGCCAAUUUGUCCUUGUGUUCAGUGGGAUCAGCACUGGCAGGGAUGUUUACAGGAUCUGAAAUGCUUUUUCCUAGCUGGAAUAAGCUGGAAGCGACCAUGGGACUGAUGGGCUUUGCCUUCCCUCCAUCCACAAGCAGACAUGGCUGUGUGGGAGGGAAUGUAGGUUUCCUACCUCUUCCCAAUAAAAUCCUGAACAUGCAGCCAAGGGCUCCCCUGUGCCAGGGAGCUGUUGGUGUUGAGUCCCACACAGGCCCAGCUUGAGAGGGAUUUUUCACAAGGGCAUGGAAUAACAGGACAAAGGGGAAUGGCUUUAAAAAGGGUAGGUUUAAGUUGGAUGUUGGGAAGAAAUUCUUCCCUGUGAGGGUGGUGAGGCCCUGGCACAGGUUGCCCAGAGAAGCCGUGGCUGCCCCAUCCCUGGAGGUGUCCAAGGCCAGGUUGGAUGGAGCUUGGAGCAACCUGGGACAGUGGAAGGUGUCCCUGCCCAUGGCAGGGGGUGGAACAAAAUGGUCUUUGAGGUCUCUUCCAGCCCAAACCAUUCUGUGAUUCUCUGUACUCACUGAAGAUCCCCUGGGACUGAUCCUGCACCAGCACCACGUGCCUGCCAAGAAUCUGCCACAUCAGUUUAGCUCCAGCUCAGCCCCAUCCUGCUGCCAGGAGCUCUCAGCAUGUGCAGGGCUGCCAAGUGGUGCUCCAUGGAGCAGGGGCAGCCACGAGAUUUGCCUUUUCUCUUCUAACCACAAUAAGGGUUUCUAAAAGGAGCUGCUUCCUGCUUCCAGGCACUGCAGCUCUCCAGCACAUCCCCAGGGUUUUCAGUUUCUCUCCCCCAUCAGUUUUGCAGUACAGGUGUUGCAGCCUGUGUGGUAACACCUGUCCAUUCUGCACGUGGCAAGAGCGUGGCUGGGACAGGGGCUCAAAAUGGGUGAAAGAAUUAAAGAUUAGGGGUUGCUCCGUCACAUCCUCUGCCCACCCUCACCGACACUUGGCAGUGUUUGCAAGGGUCACCUUUUAGAGGCAAAAGUCCCCUUUUAAUCAUCACGUCAGCAGCUCUGCACCCUCUUGGGCUCUGGGCAAGACUUUUUGGGCUUUAAGCUGCUUCAGACCUCCCAUGGGACCAUGGUCAGGUGUGUAAUUCUGUUUGUGUUACGUAUAUUUAUAUGUAAUGUGCUGGCCAGUGCCUGCAUUCAGCCACUGCUUCCUGCAUCUGCAAGCAGGAGGUAAAUGAUAAUGCCAGAUCCAGCAGUCUCAACAGCUGAAGAAGACCCUGCUUGCUGAAGGACACCAAAGUGAUUCUCCUUGUUUCUGGAGCAGCCUGUGAGUGUUGGAACACUUGUUUUUCAGAGCUACCAGCUGGCCCCUGAGCUGCAGGGCACCCCUUGGGGACGGCAGGGGAAAGCGGGCUGGGAAUUAAAUUCUAAUAAAAUAAACUACAUCUGGGAAUAUGA